AUGCGGUUUGCCAGUUUCCCAGCUUUCCUGGCCGUAACGGUGGGCGUGGCUCUAGCCACUGCAGGCACCCUCCGCAACCAAACGCGUGACAUCGCCAUCAUCGGCGGCGGCGCAAGCGGAACGUACGCUGCGAUACGUCUUCAACAAAUGGGAUACACCGUUGCCCUGGUAGAGAAGCAGUCGCAACUUGGAGGCCAUGUCAACACCUUCCAUGACACUACCACGGGCAAGGUCUUCGACUUUGGAGUGAUGCAAUACCAGAAUGUUUCUGUGGUAACGGACUUCUUCACCUCUCUCGAAGUCCCAUUUGCAUCCCUAUCCGGCAGCAAGACAUCUAGGCUGUACGCCAAUUUUCAAACAGACGGCAAGGCGGUCGAGAUACCCGACUCCGUUCUGUGGGCAAACCAAACGGCUUUGCAACUGGCCCUCCAAAAGUACAUGAAGAUAGUCGCGCAGUACCCAUACCUCGACAACGGAUUCGAGCUCCCAGAUCCUGUCCCGGAAGAUCUCCUGUUACCCUGGGGCGACUUCUUGGACAAGUACGAGCUCGGUGCUAUAUCGGACAUGUCAUUCAUCUACAUGCAAGGCCUUGGCAACAUCCUAGCUCAAAGGACCCUGUAUGUUAUGAAGUACUUCUCUUUGUCCCUGGUCAAGCAAUUCGUCGGCACCGGGAGCGGGGUGGUGGCAGUGCCAGCGACGAGCGGCGGAAACCAAGUCCUUUAUGACACAGCCCUCGGACAGCUGGGCAAGGGCGCAUACCUCAGCAGCACAAUUUCAAGCAUCAGGCGAAGUGGCUGCGGUGUGGCCGUGUCUGUAAGCACUCCCAGUGGAACAGAGGUCAUCCAUGCGAGAGAGCUUCUCAUUGCGAUUCAACCAACACUCUCUAACCUUCAGAAUCUGGGUCUCGAUCUGGGUGACCAUGAGAGGAGUCUUUUUGGUCAGUUCAACAAUAGCUACACCUCAGUCGGUGUGCUAAACGUAUCUGGUCUUCCUCCAUCCACCCUGUUCUCAAAUGUCGAUCUCGACGCUCCGUAUGCGAUUCCAGCUCAGCCAACAUCGUACACUUUUCGAACGGUAGCUGGCAACCCAAGUCUUGCCACGGUGUACUUUGGCAGCUCCGCCUUCCUGUCAGACGAGGCCAUGAAGGAAACAAUAUUGCAGGAGCUAUCGAGGAUCGUUACUGGAAACGGGUACAACAUUUCAGGAAUUCCUAGCUUCGCGGCUUUCGAGAACCAUUCGCCCUACCAGCUGACCGUUUCUAACGAGGCUAUCGAGGACAGAUUCUAUGAUGAAAUCAAUGCCUUGCAGGGACAGAGAAACACGUGGUGGACGGGUGCAGCUUGGACAUCGCAGGACAGUACCGCUAUAUGGAAUUGGACGGAACAUACCCUUCUGCCGAAGAUUGUUGCAUCUCUAUAA